AUGCGUCAAAAUCGUGACCUUUUGGAGCUUAAGGCUUUCAUCCAACGCUGUCGGCGGGCAGAUCUUGAUAAACUUAUAAAGUUAACCAAUCUUCCUCGUGGAGGUUUAAAGCAGGAUAUUCAAUUGAGACUUAUUUCCUACCUUGACCAGGAUCCUUCUACAGAAUUCCUUUCUGCCCUUCAUGAACUGAGGAGACUAAUAUAUAAUCCUGUCAAUUUCCAGUUCCAACAGUCAAAUGGAAAUUUCGACCCCCACUGUCCUUCGAACGACCCUCCCUCCUCGCUAAUGUAUUUAAGGGACCCUACCAUUCGUUGUCCUACAGAAUCGUCAAAGAAUAGUGCAGGACCAAAUCCAUGUUUGACAGGUACAAAAACAAGCUGUGUAUUACAGAAAGAGCAGUUGCGUCAUAACCCUUACGUUUUACAGCCAAAUACAAGUGUCUUUGAACAGUCAUCUCCAGAUGAAUUGAAUUCGACAAAAAACAGGCAACAAAAAUCUCAACAAACAGUUUCAUCCAAUGAACUCCCGCAAAGUUCAUUGUUUUCAGGGAAUCCUGUGAUUAACCCAUCAGAUUGGUCAUCUUGGGAGUGUGUUAACAAAUUGUUACCUGAAAACCGAGUAACGACAUCUCAAUCUUACACAUCUGGGAAGUCCCAAGAUUUAAGCAAUUUUAAUCCUCAUUCUCACACAAAUGUUGCCCCUUCUCUCCCUAUUCUAUCGAAUUCAUCUAUGUCAGAUGGGCAUUCAAAAAUACAUAUGCACUCUGAAUGUCCUCAGAGUUCAAUCCACACACUCAGUACAGACUCAAGAAAAGCUGCUGUCACACAUAAAAUAGGUCCACUUAUAACAUUAGCUGGAGUUGAUGGAUCGUUUCGGCUUCCCGCUGUUUUGCCUGAAUUUCAUUUCAAAGAGUCUCCAUUUUUCAAACUGAUCGAUGUUCUUUUACCUCCGCAAAUUAUUCUCCCGGCCCACAUUGGUUUUGCUACUGGACGUCGAUCUUAUGACCGUUCCUUGGCCUUGAGAUUCACAUCUGAUCAAGUUGAAACCAUUACUUAUCACUGCUGGCGUGGAUCUGAUGAACGAAUGGAAUUUGGAGUGCAAGUUAUUAUGCGUUUCGCUCGUCUAGAUCCCCAAGCCUGCCAAGAUCUAGUACAGACAUAUGAGUUGUAUGGUAGUCGCAAGUCAUCUAGUUUAUCAUUGGAUAAACUCAUUCAAAUACCAUUAGCUGAAGAUAGUUUACCAGUUCAUUUGAUAAUCCAAGUAAAUGGCCGGCCUAUCCAACUCCCACCUCUUUUACCAAGCAAUCGUCCAGGAAUGGAUGGACGUCGUAAUCCUAGACCUAUUAAUAUCACUCAGUCUCUUCAUGUUUCCCCUACUGUUCCAAACUACAUUAAAUUAACUUGGACUCAUGAUUAUUCUAGCUAUACUUAUAAUGUUGUUGGAAUAUACUUGAUGCGUAGACGUUCGCCUCAACAGUUGUGUGGUCUUCUACAUUCGACUUCAUUUCAAAAUGCUAAUGUAAUGAGAAUGGAAAUCAUAAAAAAACUUAGUCCUAACGCUACCACUGGUAAUAUUGGUAGUGUGAACAACCAAAGUCAGUCUUCAGCCCGUAAUGAGAAUGACGAUGAUGAUGACGAUUUAGUUAUGCCAAAUACACUUCCUGUUCAGCUUCUUUGUCCUUUAUCUAAAUGUCGUAUUGAAGUACCUGUACGUGGACGUAAUUGUCGUCAUGUUCAGUGCUAUGAUGCAACAACUUAUCUUAUAAUUAACGAACGUAAACCAACUUGGAAUUGUCCUGUAUGCGAUGGUAAAGCUGUUUACGAAGAUUUGAUAGUUGAUGGUUUAUUUUUAGAAAUAUUGAAUUCUAAACGUUCUCAAGAUCUAGAAGAAAUUAUAUUUCAUUCGGAUGGUUCUUGGUCGGCUCUGGGCGAAGAAAUGGCUUCUAAUCAAUCAGAAAAUACUAAUGAUAAUACUACUACUACUAAUAAUAAUAGUAAAAAUCCAUCUGAGCCAUCUCCGUGUACUGAUUAUAAUCAAUUAUAUAGUUUACAAGAAAGCCCAUAUGCUUCAAGUCACAUUACUUCAAAUUCAAUUAGGUCAGCUACUGAUUCAGCUGGUUCUUCUUCGUUUGUACCAUCAUUUAAUACUUUGUCUCCUGCUAGUUCGAUAAGUUCGUCUAAUCCAAACAAUUCUUAUCCUAAUACAUUAUCAAUGUCUCCUGCACUUGCUGUACGAACUGCAGCAAUUGCACCAUUGAUAAGGAAUGAUGUAGAUAAUAUUUCUGUCCCAAAUACAACAAAAAGUACUUCUACUACUAGUAUUACCACUAAUACUAAUUAUCAGCCCUCGGUUACAGUUCAAUCUUCACGAGAUAAAGAACAAAAUCAGCAUAUAUCCCAAGAGCUUCCCUCCUUCACUAUUGACUUAACAUUAUCUGAUGAUGAAAAUGAACAACAGGGCAUAAGUGCUCGAGAAACUGCAAGUAGCAUUCAAGUUCCUACAAAGGACAAUAAUUCUUCUUCGCGUCCUAUUAAUACAGUAACAUCAUAUUCUUCUUCUUCAUCAUCGUCAUCAUCAUCAUCAUCUUUGUCACCGCAAUUCCCUCCUAGUGAUUUAUCUCAGUCUUCGCAUUAUUCUGAAAACAAUUAUCAACUUCCAUUUUCAUUACACACGAGUAAUAGACCGUCUUCAAUAGCAUUAUCAAGUAAUUCUAACUCUAAAAGUUCUAAUCAGUCGAGUUCUAUACCUCCUGUUUAUUCAUCAGAACCAAAUUCUACACAAUCAGUUAGUGUUAGUCAAAAUCUUGGAGUUCCUAAUGUUUCUGUAACGAAUGUCCUUUCAAAUCAAAGGCGUUAUCCUCCUGUUAGCAGUGAACAGAAACUAGUACAAGGACCGGCUACUAGCAUACUUUGUUCUGCUACUAAAUGUGAUGUUCCUGUUAGUUUACCUUCAAUUGUUACUUCAGCAUCAUGUGGAGGUAAACGUCCAAGCUCAUCAGAUUAUAAUUUUUCAUCAUUGAAUUUCUAUCAAUCUGGGACUCAAUCUGUAAGUAAUAAUAAUGGGUUACGUUACAGUUCAACCGUUCACACUACAUCUGUUGCAAAUGAAUCCGGUCAGUAUUCUUUUCCAACAGCAAAAGUACCUCGGAUUGAAAUUCCACAUAGUCAACAUUAUGGAUCGUCUUCAACGCAAUCUCAGGGAUCCUGUUCUAAUAAUAAUAAUAAUGGUUAUAAUAAUUCUAGACGGUGUACAAAUAGUCCAUCUGGUUCAAAUCCUUAUACAUAUCAUUCCAAUAUAACUCGACAGAUGCCAUCUGAUGGAUAUCAUAGCAACAGACUGACGUCGUCAACAUUCCAUUCAGGUCAAUCUUCCGAUCAUUUUUAUCCCAAUGAACAUACAACAAAUACAAGUAGUCGAUAUACAUAUUAUAAUCCUAAUGAAUCCGGCAAUAAUAAUAAUAAUAAUAGAACAUACUGCUAUUAUCCAUCCUCAAGACAUGUUAGUUAUCCUACAUCCGAUUCUGGAACAAUUUAUCCAUAUAAUAGACAACCAUUAUCUCAUAUUCGUAGUCCUUAUGAAACUCACCACAGAAAUAUAAUAAAUAGCUCUUUGCCAAGAGAUACACUUCAUCAUAAUUCACAAAUGAGGCCUUCUGAUAUAACUAAUUCAACAUAUUGUGGUAACUCAGUUGACUCACGUAGAGGAUUUCAUUGA